UUAAAAUCUAGACUUUUGUAUUCAUGAGCAAAUCAACAACGUUCCAGUUUUACGUAAAACUGAGUAAUUGCCUCAAUUUUCAUAUGAAUAACAAACAUAAUUUUAAUACUUCUUAAAUAUUAAAUAAAAGUGAGUAAACUAAACUAGCCCCACUUGCAAUAUUUCAUACAUAGAUCAAAAAUACAUUAACAUCACAAAUCAAUUUGAUGUUUAAUUUUUCCCUCGUGAAUGGGUAAUUUUAUACGAUGGCAACCGUCCUGAAAUGGAAAGUAUUCGCCCGUCUCUUUCACACAACAAUCGUAUUGGUUGAACACAAUUGACAUUCUGGAACGUUCCCUUAAUUCUGUGUUCUGAUUGGCCGUAUCGAGGGAGUGGUAGAAAACUCUCGAAUUUCAUUUGUUGACUAUAUAAGAGCCGAGCGGUCGGCGCGAACUCAGAAUUAUUUGAAACGCGAUACAAAGCAGACGAAGAGAGUUCGGUGCAAACCGAGGAGUUUGAGUUUACUAGACUCGCAACGCAAGUUUAUUCAACGUUAUUGUUAUUACUUAUUGAGUGUGAAGAGAAUUAGUGAGUGAGAAGACAAACAAAAUGCCAGCCAUUGGAAUAGAUCUGGGUACCACAUACUCGUGCGUCGGCGUGUGGCAGCACGGCAACGUGGAGAUCAUCGCCAACGACCAGGGCAACCGCACCACACCAUCCUAUGUGGCCUUCACGGACACGGAGCGCCUCAUCGGAGACGCAGCCAAGAACCAGGUCGCCCUCAACCCCAACAACACGGUGUUCGACGCCAAGCGACUGAUCGGAAGGAAAUUCGACGACCCCAAGAUCCAGGCAGACAUGAAACACUGGCCCUUCAGGGUGGUCAGCGACUGCGGCAAACCGAAGAUCCAAGUGGAGUUCAAGGGGGAAACGAAACGGUUCGCGCCCGAGGAGAUCAGCAGCAUGGUGCUGACGAAGAUGAAGGAGACGGCGGAAGCUUACCUCGGAACGACAGUACGCGACGCGGUGAUCACAGUGCCGGCGUACUUCAACGACUCUCAGCGCCAGGCCACCAAGGACGCGGGAGCCAUCGCCGGGCUGAACGUGCUCAGGAUCAUCAACGAGCCCACAGCCGCUGCGCUCGCGUACGGCCUCGACAAGAACCUCAAGGGCGAGAGGAACGUCCUCAUCUUCGACCUCGGCGGCGGAACGUUCGACGUGUCGAUCCUGACCAUCGACGAAGGCUCGUUGUUCGAAGUGAGGGCGACGGCGGGCGACACGCAUCUCGGAGGCGAGGACUUCGACAACAGAUUGGUGAACCAUCUCGCGGACGAGUUCAAGCGCAAGUACAAGAAGGACAUGCGCAUGAAUCCUCGCGCACUGCGCCGCCUCCGCACAGCCGCCGAGCGCGCUAAGCGCACGCUGUCGUCCAGCACCGAAGCCACCAUCGAGAUCGACGCGCUCUACGAGGGAAUCGACUUCUACACUCGCGUGUCCCGCGCGCGCUUCGAAGAGCUCAACGCAGACCUGUUCCGAGGCACCCUCGAGCCGGUCGAGAAGGCGCUCAAGGACGCCAAGAUGGACAAGAGCCAGAUCCACGACGUCGUCCUCGUCGGAGGCUCCACCAGGAUCCCGAAGGUGCAGAGUCUGCUGCAGAACUUCUUCUGCGGCAAGAAGCUGAACCUCUCCAUCAACCCGGACGAGGCGGUCGCGUACGGCGCGGCCGUCCAGGCGGCCAUCCUGAGCGGCGAGCAAGACUCGAAGAUCCAGGACGUGUUGCUGGUGGACGUGGCCCCUCUGUCCCUCGGCAUCGAAACCGCCGGCGGCGUGAUGACGAAGAUCAUCGAGCGCAACUGUAAGAUCCCGUGCAAGCAGUCGCAGACGUUCACCACGUACUCGGACAACCAGCCGGCGGUCACGAUCCAAGUGUACGAGGGCGAGCGAGCGAUGACCAAGGACAACAACCUGCUGGGCACGUUCGACUUGACCGGCAUCCCGCCCGCGCCGCGCGGCGUCCCUAAGAUCGACGUCACCUUCGACCUGGACGCGAACGGCAUCCUCAACGUGUCGGCCAAAGAGAACAGCACCGGCCGAAGCAAGAACAUCGUGAUCAAGAACGACAAGGGACGCCUGUCGCAGGCCGAGAUCGAGCGCAUGCUCGCCGAGGCCGAGAAGUACAAGGAUGAGGACGAGAAGCAGAGGCAGCGCGUAGCGUCUCGGAACCAGCUCGAGUCGUACGUGUUCAGCGUGAAGCAGGCGCUGGACGAGGCCGGAGACAAGCUCUCGGAACAGGACAAGAGCACGGCGAGGGACGCGUGCGACGACGCGCUCAAGUGGCUCGACAACAACACGCUGGCGGAGCAGGAGGAGUACGAGCACAAGCUGAAGGACGUGCAGCGCGUCUGCUCGCCCGUCAUGGCCAAGAUGCACGGCGCGGGCGCGCAGGGAGCGGGCGGGAUGCCUGGUGGCAUGCCCGGUGGCUACCAACAGAGCAUUCCUCCAGGCAUUCCUCCAGGCAUGCCACCAGGCAUUCCUCCAGGCAUUCCUCCAGGCAUGCCACCAGGCAUGCCACCAGGCAUACCGGCCGCUCCCUGCGCGCCCGCGCCGUGCAUCUUGGCCAUGACGGGCGAGCAGACGCGCUGCACGUCCUUCAGCUUGUGCUCGUACUCCUCCUGCUCCGCCAGCGUGUUGUUGUCGAGCCACUUGAGCGCGUCGUCGCACGCGUCCCUCGCCGUGCUCUUGUCCUGUUCCGAGAGCUUGUCUCCGGCCUCGUCCAGCGCCUGCUUCACGCUGAACACGUACGACUCGAGCUGGUUCCGAGACGCUACGCGCUGCCUCUGCUUCUCGUCCUCAUCCUUGUACUUCUCGGCCUCGGCGAGCAUGCGCUCGAUCUCGGCCUGCGACAGGCGUCCCUUGUCGUUCUUGAUCACGAUGUUCUUGCUUCGGCCGGUGCUGUUCUCUUUGGCCGACACGUUGAGGAUGCCGUUCGCGUCCAGGUCGAAGGUGACGUCGAUCUUAGGGACGCCGCGCGGCGCGGGCGGGAUGCCGGUCAAGUCGAACGUGCCCAGCAGGUUGUUGUCCUUGGUCAUCGCUCGCUCGCCCUCGUACACUUGGAUCGUGACCGCCGGCUGGUUGUCCGAGUACGUGGUGAACGUCUGCGACUGCUUGCACGGGAUCUUACAGUUGCGCUCGAUGAUCUUCGUCAUCACGCCGCCGGCGGUUUCGAUGCCGAGGGACAGAGGGGCCACGUCCACCAGCAACACGUCCUGGAUCUUCGAGUCUUGCUCGCCGCUCAGGAUGGCCGCCUGGACGGCCGCGCCGUACGCGACCGCCUCGUCCGGGUUGAUGGAGAGGUUCAGCUUCUUGCCGCAGAAGAAGUUCUGCAGCAGACUCUGCACCUUCGGGAUCCUGGUGGAGCCUCCGACGAGGACGACGUCGUGGAUCUGGCUCUUGUCCAUCUUGGCGUCCUUGAGCGCCUUCUCGACCGGCUCGAGGGUGCCUCGGAACAGGUCUGCGUUGAGCUCUUCGAAGCGCGCGCGGGACACGCGAGUGUAGAAGUCGAUUCCCUCGUAGAGCGCGUCGAUCUCGAUGGUGGCUUCGGUGCUGGACGACAGCGUGCGCUUAGCGCGCUCGGCGGCUGUGCGGAGGCGGCGCAGUGCGCGAGGAUUCAUGCGCAUGUCCUUCUUGUACUUGCGCUUGAACUCGUCCGCGAGAUGGUUCACCAAUCUGUUGUCGAAGUCCUCGCCUCCGAGAUGCGUGUCGCCCGCCGUCGCCCUCACUUCGAACAACGAGCCUUCGUCGAUGGUCAGGAUCGACACGUCGAACGUUCCGCCGCCGAGGUCGAAGAUGAGGACGUUCCUCUCGCCCUUGAGGUUCUUGUCGAGGCCGUACGCGAGCGCAGCGGCUGUGGGCUCGUUGAUGAUCCUGAGCACGUUCAGCCCGGCGAUGGCUCCCGCGUCCUUGGUGGCCUGGCGCUGAGAGUCGUUGAAGUACGCCGGCACUGUGAUCACCGCGUCGCGUACUGUCGUUCCGAGGUAAGCUUCCGCCGUCUCCUUCAUCUUCGUCAGCACCAUGCUGCUGAUCUCCUCGGGCGCGAACCGUUUCGUUUCCCCUUGAACUCCACUUGGAUCUUCGGUUUGCCGCAGUCGCUGACCACCCUGAAGGGCCAGUGUUUCAUGUCUGCCUGGAUCUUGGGGUCGUCGAAUUUCCUUCCGAUCAGUCGCUUGGCGUCGAACACCGUGUUGUUGGGGUUGAGGGCGACCUGGUUCUUGGCUGCGUCUCCGAUGAGGCGCUCCGUGUCCGUGAAGGCCACAUAGGAUGGUGUGGUGCGGUUGCCCUGGUCGUUGGCGAUGAUCUCCACGUUGCCGUGCUGCCACACGCCGACGCACGAGUAUGUGGUACCCAGAUCUAUUCCAAUGGCUGGCAUUUUGUUUGUCUUCGGAUUCUCUUCACACUCAAUAAUAACAAUAACGUUGAAUAAACUUGCGUUGCGAGUCUAGUAAACUCAAACUCCUCGGUUUGCACCGAACUCUCUUCGUCUGCUUUGUAUCGCGUUUCAAAUAAUU